AUGCCUGACGAGGCAGUAGAAGAGCCCCAGUGGGGACGUCUUUUACUCACGGGUGGCAUUCAUUGGUCGCUCAAUGGCCGCAAAGACAGGACGGCACAACAAUCUAGAGACUUGCAUAUCCCUCAUAUCCUGCGCUCUUUAUGCGAUGCUAAAAUUGUCAAGAUAGUCACAGGACAUGCUGCCAACUACGGCAUGGCUAUAGAUAUCCGAGGGAACGCUUGGCUCUUCGGGAAAUGUCCAGCUAUCGCUCUAGGUGCUAAUACGAAUGGCGUCAUAUCUGAGCAAGCACCGCUCAAGAUACGACCGUUUGAGACGGGCUGCGGAUUAGGCGUCAAAUUCGUCGGAGGCGCAGCUGGCAAGGGCAAUGCAUUCCUCCUUGACAGCGAUGGCGGUGCUUGGGGUUGUGGUACCAAUCACUGUGCUCAGCUUGGCUUGAACCUGCGUCGCGAGGCUGAAGUUUCCGAAUUCACCAAAAUUGACGGACCAUGGGGUGAUGCCAAGAUAGUUCAGAUAACAGCAGGCUGGACAUUCACCUUGUUCUUGACGGAGGAAGGGGAGGUAUACGGCGCCGGAUCUCACGAGAGCGGACAGCUGGGCAGCGGAAAAACUGGAGCGAGGCUUAUGAAAGCAAACAAGAUGUACCAUGAUUUGGAGUCAUAUCCGAUACUCAUUCGAGGGCUGGAGGGACACAAAAUUGUUCAAAUUGCUUCUGGUAACCAACAUUCCUUGGCAAUGAGUGAUGACGGGCUGGUCUGGGCUUGGGGCUGCGCUGGUUAUUCCCGUCUUGGGUUAGAAGAUACUAGAGACCGGUUGGAGCCCACCAUGAUUCCUGCGUUUGCUGGACGUGAGAUGUCUCGAGCAUCUGCUAUAACUUGCGGUCCUACCAAUUCUGUCGUGAUCGACCGCAGCGGAAGAUAUUGGAUGGCCGGCAAGUGGAAGAUAACCGGUGAUGGCUCAACAGGACAGCCUUAUUCAUCGUUCAAGAAUAUCCAAGAGAUAAAUGGAUGUCGAGCCUUGAAGACAUCCUCAGGUGGAUGUACGCAUUUCAUUACUACGCCGACAGAUGAGGACGGAAUUCAGACGAUUGGAUGGGGUCAAGGAGUGCUUUACGGGGAGCUCGGCCUUGGUGACACAAUGUCGAGCACCAAGCCCGUUGCGAUCGAGGCGCUGGAGGGCGUCGAUGUGAUUGACAUCGCAGCUGGUGCUUUCUUCACCAUGUUCCUUGCCCGACCUGGAGGGAAGCUUUCCGAUCUUGACCGAUAUCCCGAGCAUGUCAACUCGUCAGACAUCUGCAUUGUGUGCGAAGAGUCUGAUCACCAAUUGACACUGGAAUGUGAAAAGGCAAGUACGUCGCAGGCCGCUUGA